UAGGAUCGAUCAGGGAUACGCUCGUUGGUCCCGAGUGUGAGCACAGUCCGCUUGCCUGCGAUGAACUCGUAACGGCAACGGCUGAUUUGGAGAUGAGGUAUCGCGCGCGAUAGAGAUCGGUGAAAACGUGAGAACGCACCGCCGUCGCCACUGCCAUCCGCCGCUGUUAAUUCUCGCCGGAACGAGCGGAGACGCCGUGACGCGCGUGACACAGGCAUGCCGCAGUUUCACAAGAUCGAGAUCAACAGGACGGAAUGGGAGGUACCGGAGCGGUACCAGUUGCUCACUCCCGUGGGCUCGGGCGCCUACGGCCAGGUCUGUUCAGCGGUAGAUACAACUACUGGACAAAAAGUAGCAAUCAAGAAAUUGGCUAGACCAUUUCAAUCAGCUGUGCAUGCAAAACGCACAUACAGGGAGUUACGUAUGUUAAAACAUAUGAAUCAUGAAAAUGUGAUAGGACUGUUAGAUGUAUUUCAUCCGUCUUCAUCUUUGGAAGAUUUUCAACACGUAUAUCUAGUCACGCAUCUAAUGGGUGCCGACCUGAAUAACAUUGUCAGAACGCAAAAGCUUUCCGAUGAUCAUGUGCAAUUUCUUGUCUAUCAGAUCCUUCGUGGUUUGAAAUAUAUCCAUUCUGCAGGAAUUAUACAUAGAGACUUGAAGCCAUCUAACAUAGCGGUCAAUGAGGACUGUGAGUUAAAAAUAUUGGAUUUUGGUUUAGCCAGACCCACGGAGAAUGAGAUGACUGGUUACGUUGCUACUAGAUGGUAUAGAGCACCUGAAAUAAUGCUUAAUUGGAUGCAUUAUAAUCAAACAGUUGAUAUUUGGUCAGUGGGAUGCAUUAUGGCAGAAUUGUUAACUGGAAGAACAUUAUUUCCUGGAACUGAUCAUAUUCAUCAACUGAACUUAAUUAUGGAAAUUUUGGGUACUCCACGAGACGAAUUUAUGAAAAAAAUAUCGUCAGAAUCGGCAAGAAAUUAUAUUCAGAGUUUACCGCCGUUGAAGAAAAAAAAUUUUAAAGAUGUAUUUCGUGGAGCUAAUCCUUUAGCUAUUGAUUUGUUGGAACUGAUGUUGGAAUUGGAUGCAGAAAAAAGGAUCACUGCAGAACAAGCUUUAGCCCAUCCAUAUCUUGCACAAUAUGCAGAUCCAACUGACGAACCUGUUUCUCUACCAUACGACCAAAGUUUCGAAGAUAUGGACCUUCCAGUAGAAAAGUGGAAAGAACUUGUGUAUCAUGAAGCUGUAAACUUUGUUCCACAGCAGCUACCUACAUUGUCUUCGACAAUUGAAACGACUUCUUGAAGAAUACAUGUAGUUAUAACGCGCCGUAAUAUAGAUUUAAGCACAGUAAGAUACAAUAAUGUAGAUUAACAGUAGGCAGUCAUGAGUGAUGGAGUUAUAAUUGUUACAUAUAAAAAUAAUACUGUAUAUAAUUUAUAUAUAACAUAGUAUACCGUUGAUCGAGCUUAUAUGUCCAGAAAGAUAGAAUAUAUAUUUUUGUCGAAGAGGAAACUAAAUCCACUUACUAUUUAAUUACGUAACUUGGUUAUCAAGUUAUUAUCAGUAACAUCUCUUACGCAACAAUUUUGUUGUGUAUAAAUCUUUUUUUAGAUAUUUUAUCAAAUAUCAGUUCUCUUAAUCCAUAAAAGAGAUCACCAUAAGAGAUCACAUAAUUAACUGAUUUUAAAAAAUAAUUAUCAUAUAUAAUUUAUGAUAAACUUGCCAUAUGAUACAAUCAAAUUAUAUAAUAUUAAAUAUAUAUAUGUAACUUUAGAUUUAAACAUAUAUAUUUAUGUAACAACAAUUGUAGUACUUAUUAUUUUUUAAUUAAUGCUAAUCAAAAAAUAGAAUGCGAUAUAUUUCUAGUAAAGCCGUUACAACUACGAACUUAACAAAACGACCAAUAUUUGUAAUAAAUUAAGAAAAUAGAAAAUUACCAUUGCAAUGGAGAAAACACAAAUUGUAGCAAUAAAAUCAAAUUGAAUACGAUGAUUAGGAUGAGGCAUUGUAAUAAAUUAGAAAUUGCAUACUUGAUAAUAGCAAGAUAUGUUGUCAUUUAACAUAAGAUUAUAAAAAAAUUUACAAACAGA